UAGGAUUUGUACAAAACCCCUUGUAUUAUAACCAUGACACAAAGACCCCCUUCUCCGUUAAAUCGAUAAAUAGAAAAUGUUAUUUGACGAAAAUAUCCUUCACAAGUCGAAUUAACAUUGUCAAUUUGGAGGAAAUAGACGCCCACCCAUUAUUUUUUCAUGUGGGACCAUCUUUUUCAUCUCUAUCUCCAAGAACUUUCGAGUUCAAAAGUGGGAAUCUUAUGCAGUGUACAACUCCAACUCGGACAUGGAUUAUCCGAGUAUGGAUUGGACACGUCUUGCUCCUCGUCUUGGUCCCACCAUGAACGAACACCUACAUAGUACAUAUGAUGUGGGACCCAGUAAUGUGGCCACCUCAGACGAACACACCUACAUAUGAAGAACACCCACGACUCGAGAAGCAUGUUCCCUCUCUAGACGACACCAUCGAACGGUGUAUAGGAAGUUUCGGGUGGGCUCAGCUCCUGCAAGCCAUCGCCUAGCAGACCUUCAUCGGCGUCUUCAUCGACGCCGAGCUCACCUGGCAGUGCUCUCGCCAAGACGACCCCUCCUGCAACUCUGCUUACUUCCCAAGGAUGCAUGRGCCUGGGAUAAGCCGUCACGGACAUCCGUCCUGUCGGAAUGGAACCUCACCUGCGCCGGCCCCAUCAUCGUCGGGUUACCGGCGUCGUCAUUCUUCGUGGGCUGCCUCGCUGGUGGACUCGUUUCUCGGUCGCAAGAACAUGCUCGUCCUCUCAUUUCUGAUGAUGUCUGUAACUUCUACUUAAAUGGCCUUUUCUCCCAAUAUUUGGGUCUACGUCGCCUUGAGAUUCGUUAGCGGGUUCGGUCGCGCUACGAUCGGAACUUGUGCGCUCGUCCUCUCGACGGAAAUCGUCGGAAAACGAUGGCGAGGCAAGUGCGCGAAUCACCGAGAUGGCUCCUGGUGAAAGGACGCAAAGACGAAGUAAUCAAGACAUUAAGAACCAUAACCACAAGGAAUCAAAGUAGCUUCAGGUUAAGCGUGAGCUUCUCCGGCAUAUCCAUUGUACCGGAGACGUUCGCCGCUAAUCUCUACUCUGCUAUCAAGGCAUUGGUUGAGAAAAAAUGGGCCUUUCGACGGUUAAUGGCAGUGAUGACCGUCGAUUUUGGCAUCGGAAUGGUGUACUACGGGAUGCCUUUGGGGGUCAGAAACCUGGCCUUCAGUCUCUACUUGAGCGUUCACCUUCAACGCCUAAUCAGAGCUGCCAUCGUCAUUGCUGACGUUCUUUCUUAUCAGAAAAGUGAACAUGAGAAGUUGGCUGCUGGUGUUCACAACUAUAAGUGGGAUUUGCAGUAUAAUGUGCGUGGUGGUGGGCGAGUCACGGUAGGAAUUGCAGGUGGCGGUGGAGCUGGUGAGCUUAUUUAGCGUGUGCACGAUGUUCAGCGCGUUGCUCCCGACGAGUAUGAGGAACUCGGCAUUGUUGAUGGUUAGGCAGGCGCUGGUGUUCGGCGGGGUGUUCAGUCCGGUGUUGGUGGCCGCCUGGAGGAAAGAUGGGUUCUUAUGACAUGAUGAUUGUAAGGCAGAAAUAAGGUGAGAAAACGUAUAAAAGACGAAAAGAGGUUAAAGUUGUCUUACAAGGGUAGUAUAGGAAUAAAAAAUAUUGUAAAGGCAAAUUUCUCA